UUAGGCGCAGUAGCGCUAGUAUGAGCUCCCUCGAUCGAAUUAAAUUCACAUUCUUAAUGAAUAACUACUAAUAUCCGCAACUAUAGUAUACUCAUUUAUAUAUGGAAUCAUUCAUUCAGUAUUAACUUGCAACACCUGUCUAACGUCGACUGCACGGUACGUAAUCACGUUAUGAACGCCGGCAAUGGCGAGAGUUCGACGUAACUGACGGUUGGGAAGUUGCAGAAAAAUGUUAUCAGGAGUUAAACAUAUUGUCUUGGUCCUGUCGGGUAAAGGUGGUGUUGGAAAAUCGACCGUUAGCACCCAGUUGGCAGUAACUUUCAAAGAUUGUGGUUAUAAGGUUGGUUUAUUAGAUGUUGAUUUAUGCGGCCCAAGCAUACCGUACCUACUUAAUCUGGAAGAUAAGGAUGUGCAUCAAUGUCCGCAGGGAUGGGUUCCUGUGUAUGCUGACAAAGAACAGAAUCUUGCAGUAAUGUCAAUAGGAUUUCUUCUGAAAAACAAAAAUGAUGCUGUUGUGUGGCGUGGUCCGAAGAAACAUGCAAUGAUAAAGCAGUUCCUAACAGAUGUAUACUGGCAGGAUAUAGACUAUCUGAUUAUCGACACUCCACCUGGAACUUCAGAUGAGCAUAUAACGGUCAUGGAAAACCUCAAAACUCUAAAUUGUGAUGGAGCCAUCUUGGUAACAACCCCCCAGGCAGUUGCCAUUGAAGAUGUGCGGAAGGAACUGACUUUCUGCCGUAAGACAGGGAUACCUGUACUUGGAGUCAUUGAAAACAUGAGUGGAUUUGUCUGCCCUACAUGCAGUGAAUGUACCAACAUCUUCUCCAGUGGAGGUGGACAGUCUCUAGCAAAUAUAGCUGGUGUCCCAUUUCUGGGAUGUGUGCCUAUUGAUCCACGAGUAGCAUUAAGCACAGAGAAGGGCCAAAACUGUGUGGCAACAAUACCAGACUCUCCUAUCUCUGCAGUGUUUCAAGACAUAGUGAAAAGCCUCACAAAGCCCAGGGUUGGUGCAGAUGACACAUCAUCAUAAAGACAUAUUGGGACAAUAAAGUUUUGCACAGUUAUGACUGCUGCAGUUUCAGAAGAAAACAGAAUUACUUAAUCUUUGUUCGUAUUGAUACAUUAUCAGAUAUUUGUAUAAAUAGAUACGUAUUUUUAUACAGGAUGUGUAUAAACUCUAAUUAAACACUGAAUGAUGUGAAUUAAACAGAUUCUAAGGUUUCAGCAA